AUGCCAUUCGGUAUGAAAAACGCGCCGGCUACAUUCCAAAGACAUGUGAAUAGUCUUGUCUCUGGUCUUGAAGGCUGUGAAGCUUACAUAGAUGACUUGAUUGUGUAUAGUGAAGAUUGGGAAGUUCAUGUACAAAGAAUCAGAGAUUUGUUCAGGAGAUUGUCUGAUGCCAAAUUGACAGUCAACUUGGCAAAGAGUGAGUUUGGAGGUGCUACUGUUAGUUUCUUGGGUCACGUUGUUGGUUCAGGUCAUGUUCGACCACUCUCAGCGAAGGUAGAAGCUAUUCUGGCAUUCCCGACUCCAUCCAGCCGGAAGGAACUGAUGAGGUUUCUUGGCAUGGCAGGCUACUACAGACGGUUCUGCCAUAACUUCUCUGAUGUCGUCGCCCCGCUGACCAAUCUACUACGCAAGGAGGUGAAGUUCAUCUGGUCCAGUGACUGUCAGAGUGCUUUUGACAAAGUGAAAGCACUCCUAUCUACCAAUCCUGUACUGGUGGCUCCAGAUUUUAGUCAGCCAUUCUCUCUGAUUGUUGACGCUAGUGAUGUGGGUGCCGGAGCUGUUCUUACGCAGAAAGAUGAACAGGGAACAGACAGGCCCAUAUCGUUCUUCUCAAGGAAGUUUUCGAGCAGUCAGAGAAAUUAUUCCACUGUGGAGAAGGAAACUUUGGCAUUAAUCUUUGCACUGCAACACUUCGAAGUAUAUGUGAGUGGAUCUCAACAUGAAUUGGACAUAUGGACAGAUCAUAAUCCUUUGACAUUUCUAAAAGAAGGAUACAUAGGAUGUUAUCGCUUCAAUUCAUCUGAGUUUACUGAGCUUCAAACGCCUUGCGGAAACAGGUAUGCUGGCCUGCAAAACUUGACGAUACCUAACUGCAUAACCUGGUGCCAUCACUCCGGAAACGCCUAUACAUAUGCUGGGGUAUACAAAGGCGACACUUGCCUGUGUGGGAAUGCAUCGCUGGCCAUUGAUCAGUCAGCCAGUGUCCAAGAAUCGUCAUGCAACUCCCCUUGUACUGGAAGAAACAUAGAGUAUUGUGGAGGAUCUUCUCACAUCGCUCUGUUUAAUAUUUCAAUGCUCUCUGUCGAGACAACCAGCACCCAAAAAACGGUUUCGGACACUCACAACUCUACCGAGAUUAUUGUUACGAAUGGAUAUUCGAUUACCUCACUCGAAACAUCAACUACAUCUGAAAUCUACAAAUGCAAUCAGACAUGUCAGAUGGCAGGAGUACAGUAUUCCAAAGGAGGACAAGUUGGUCUGAUCAUAGCGGUGGUAAUUCUGUUGCUGUAUGCCAUGGUUGUUACUAUUUUUACAAUAUUGCUUUUUCGGCAAAGACGCAGAGGACUGACUGCGGAGACUGAAUGUAAGGAACCCGAUCCUUACAUGGACCUACAGCCCAGACCUGAGGCCGAGGGAGACAGAACCUACCAGGAGAUGGCAACAAUCUCAAAGACUUUGUCCAAGACUCCAGAAGAUGGAUCUCUACCGCAAGAACCAACUGAUCCCGCUAUCUACGAGAAUCAGGUUGCUCAUAUGUACCAUGAAUAUGAUGAAGACAAAGCCAAUGAAGGCGGAACAUAUGAAACGGUUUCCUCCCCAAUUCGAAGAAAUCAAAACAGUUAUGUAAAUAGUGGAUAAAAUGGGGACACUUUUUGUAAUUACAAUUAAACUUGGUUUUCUUGGUAUGGAACUCGGAUCUAUGGGUCAAAUUGUUUGAUUUGAAGGGCAAAAUAAAUUGGUGAAUGAAAAGAGGAUGAUGCUGAUGUCCAUGAAAUGCUGACCCUCGUGGCCUGAAAGGUAAAAUUACUAUUCCUAAUAAUGUAGGCCUGGUCUAUUUGUAGAAUUCUUACUCAAUUUAAGAAGAAAAUGUCCCAUUGGUCUACAACCGUUUCGUCUAAUUCCCGUUCCGUCUCAUCCCACAAAUUUGUCAUUUCCAUAUAGCACACGUACUAAUUUGUCUUAUUUCCAGUUAGGCUAUACCAAUUUCGUCUAAUAUCCACUUGUCUAACUCCAUUUGGUAUGCAUAGUUAGAUGAAUUGUUUAUGAACCGAUAUUUAAUUUGACAAAGAACAAAUUAAGUAGACGAGGUUGAAAUGAAAUCAAUUGAGAAUUAUACUCUUUAAAGGUCAAGUCCACCCCAGAAAAUUGUUGAUUUGAAUCGAUAAAAAAAAAUAACGCUGCAAAUUUCAUCGAAAUCGGAUGUAAAAUAAGAAAGUUAUGACAUUUUUAAGUUUCGCUUAUUUUUCACAAAACAGUUUGACGCUCAACUUAGCGAUAUGCAAAUGAGAGAGUCGAUGAUGUCCAUCACUCACUAUUUCUUUUGUUUUUUAUUGUUUGAAUAAUACAAUAUUUCAAUUUUUACAGAUUUGACAAUAAGGAUCAACUUAAUUUAACCAUAAAAUGUUAAAAUAAUGAUAAUUCCACAUGUUCAGGGAGAAAUAAAACUUUGUUUCACUUGACGAGGAGGAGAAAAAUAGAAUAUUUCAUUUAAUAAAAUACAAAAUGAACAGUGAGUGGGUGACGUCAUCAGUCUGCCAAUUUGCAUACCGAUCAGGAUGUGCAUAUAACUGUUUUGUGAAAUUAAGCGAAACUUUAAUCAUAACUUUCUUAUUUUACAUCUGAUUUUGAUGAAAUUUUCAAUGUUUUGCUUGUUGGAAUUUUCUCCUUUUUUUCAAAUCAACAUUUUGUUGGGGUGGACUUGAUUAGGUCGGUAUCACACCAAGCACACUGAGCAGUGGAGACCUAACGGCAAUUAGACCAAAUUACAAAAUAGAUAGUAGACCAAAUCUCAUGCGGUAUUAGACAAUCUGAGAAGCAAACAAACUGGUUGUAUAGAGAUGGUCCAUUGUAAAUAAUAAACCAACCGAUGUGUUGGUAGUGAAAUUAGGUUUCAUACAACAGAAUAUAUUAUAAUCGAAUGCACUCACAAGGAAUAAACAUGUAUUUUACAGAUCUAGCUCAGAGAUCCCCAAUUUAGGGGUGUUGAUUCUGUACAGUAAUGGCAGGUGGUCGGUCCCCACCUGCCAUCCCUAUCUCCGGUCAUGACUGCACAUCUCGGAUAAACUUGCUGCAAUUUUAUUCGCAGCAUAAUGUGUGCGUGUGUUAUGUGUUGUGUGUGUGUGUGUGUGGGGUGGAUGUAUGGGCGUGCUUUGGAUGUGUGUAUAACUAUAUAUAAACUUUUUUUAUACUCACUGUAUAUACAUGUAUAAUGAUGAUGAUAACAAUGAUAGUUGUAAGAAAUAUUAGUAUUACCUCAUUACAAGUCGUCUGAAGUACUAUAAUGACAAUGCACAAUUUACUUUACUAAACUAAAUAAUAUACUACAUGUAUAUACAACAUAAUCUCCAUCAAGAAUAGAAUAAUAAUAAACAAAAUAAUUGGAGAAAAGCUGAAGAGAGUUUCUUUUUUUCCCCUUCCAAAUGUAAACUAUUAUUCUAUUCUGUUUAUUAUAUUAUAUAUAUAUGACGGGGCUACAUUAAUUCUAAGGUCAUAAGCCAUUUUAAGCGUUUGUAUGUUGUAAAUGUGUUACACUAAGCUAAUGUAUAUAUACUUAUAAAUUUACAUAUUGCUCAAUCAUGCUUUAUCUCUGACAAACUUGCUACAAUUUUAUUCGCAGCAUUAUGUGUAUGUGUGUUAUGUGUGCGUGCGGGGUGGAUGUAUGGGUGUGCUUUGGAUAUGUGUGUAACUAUAGACUUAAUAAUGAUGAUAAUAAUAAUGAUAGUUGUAAGAAAUAUUAGUAUUACCUCAUUGUAAGUCGUCUAAAGUACUAUAAAGACAACGCACAAUUUACUUUACUAACAUAACUAAAGUAAAGAAUAUACUAUAUACAACCUGCUCUCCGUCAAAAAUAGAAUAAUAAUAAACAAAGCUGGAGAGAAUUUCACUUUUAAUAGUUUUCAUUCCAAACAGAAACAAUUACUUUAUUAUGUUUAUUAUAUUUUAUACAUACAUGUAUGACGGGGCUACAUUAAUUGUAAGGUGAUAAGUGAUUUUAAGCGUUUGUAUGUUGUAAAUGUGUUUACGCUAUGCUAAUGUAUAUAAAUACUAAUUUACAUACUGCUUAAUAAUUGGUGUGUUGGAGGGAAGAACUGUGUUCAAGUGCAACUCAAGUAAUGAUUCCAAUAAGUUGAAAAUCGAGUUUUAGCGCUAAUAGACUUUUGUAGAAAGCCAAAUCGCUUAUGCAAGCAAAUUAAUAUUUAAGCAAAUAAAUUACUUUGUUGCACAUUGUACAAAACUACCUUAUAACGAAAAUAUUGUUCUUAUUUUCUCUCAUAUGUCUAAUUGAUGGAUUGUCUGAAUUUUAUUAGCAUGGAGCAAAGGCAUGAUAGGAAACAGCUCUCGUCUUCGAUCUCGAUGUCUUCAUUUGAAGUUUUAGUCAGAUUUCAACUUUCUUGAAAUCCCACUUGGUCUGACGUUAGCAAUAUAAAGUUUAUGCAAACGUGGGUCGAAAUGUUCGUGAACGCACAAAGAUCACAAUGUAAUACAUUAUGAAUAAAAUAUACAUUUAGCCUU